AUGACUUCUUUAAUCACCGCUUUCACUCCAGCGCCUUCCUGCUUUGCGCCGACUUAUACGGUUGCUCCAAGUGGCAAUGAUACCGUCGCCAACUUAACGGCUAUCCGUGGCUAUGCCACUGAAUGCAUGCCUUCUCCACCACAGGCGACGGGAUAUCCGACGAUACAUGCGGUGAAUUGUUUCCCUGGGUACCAUCAGGUCGCUGGAAGCCUCGGCCGUGAUGAGAGUUCUACGUAUGGAACCUGCUGUCCAUCGGGAAUGACGAUCCAUAGCACAGCGUCCCAAAUGUGCUCCAGCAUCACCGGGUACAACUCUGUUACCGUCGUCAACGCAACGCAAACAUCCGCUGUGCAUGCAAACUUCUUAGUCGCACCCGCCAUGGUAAUGGCAUGGAACUCGCAGGACUUGGUUGGAUUGACAGCUUCGAGAUCGGUGGAGGUCAUCCCGUCUCCAACAGGCCAGUCUGUCGAGACUGGGGCCGAUCACCUCCCAAAAGCAGACACUGUCCGAUACAAAGUCGUCCUAGCCAUUUGCGUUGCUAUUGGAUGUCUCGUCGGUAUUGGACUCGUUGCAGCCCUGAUUGCGUUUGUCUUGGCCAGGAGAAGACAGCGAAUGGCUGCUGCAGCUGCAGCCAAAGAUAUGCCGCCAGCGUAUGAAGCGAGGAGCAGCGAGAGUAGCGAAGAACUUCCAGGGUACUUGGCUGGUGCGAGGGAGGAGAAGUUUGAUGUCAAAUGA